AUGUUUUUCUCUGCGUCUUUCCGCGCGUUUUCCCCCCCUGCAACCAAACAUGUUACGCAUCCUUCGCCGCGGCCGCAGUGUGCUGUGUCUGUGCGUGGGCGCCCCUGCCGUCGUCCAUGUGGCGCAGCAGCGCACCGGCGUCUUCUUCCGAGCGCUGGCGCCCGUUUCUCUCACCCUCCUUUAAAGGACUACCUUGAGCGCUACUGGGCUGUGGUGUUCACCGUUGGCGCCCGCCCCAUUGAAACGGGUCACCUGCGCCACUACGUGGCCUGGUACUGCACCCGGCUGAAGGUGGUGCAGCUGGACCACCACAUUUACGCCGACCCUCUCCGCAGGCAGUUGCUUGGGGUGAGCCAAACCCCCGAGCUGCCGCUGUUGUUUGUGAACAAAAGACUGGUUGGGACGCUUCACGAUGUGCAGGAGUUGGAGAAGGCGAAGAAGUUAAAGGACGUGCUGCAAUUUGGGUUUGAGUGGCGGGUGGGUGGCGGCGGCGUUGGGGAGAGGCCGUUGCAGGGCUCGUUGCCGGCGCCGUACGGAGACACGGAGCUGUUUCGUGGGCGCUACCGUGGCGCCCCUGUGGCGCGGCCGGUGAUAGCGCUGCCGAAGCUGCACCCGUUUGAUCGUCGCUCGGGCGAAUGA